CACAGGCCAGGCCGACCGACUCCCUCUCUCCCCAGCGUUGAGAUCUCCACGCCAGUCACCUGUAGUGCGUGCCGUGUUACUCCUGUGUCUCUCCUCAGUUCUCACAUAUCAAAUUUACUCCACGCUUCCUUCCUCUUUACUUCCUUAUUCACGACAUGAGCCAUACACUGUAGAGUGACAGAGAGGCAAGAUGGAUCCGAGGGAGGACCUCGGACUGCGGGAGGCUGCGGUCAGCGUGCGGAGAGCCUACAAGAGGUUCUCGCCCACCUCCGUGGUACUGCGUGGCCUCGACAUGACUGUGCUUGAAGGUACAAUAUACGGUCUGCUGGGACCGAGUGGUUGCGGGAAGACCACCCUCCUGAGAUGUCUCCUGGACAGGACCCAACUGGAUGCUGGAGAGAUCUACGUCAAAGCGAAAGAGCUGCGAAACAUCGGCUACAUGCCGCAGGAGCUGGCGCUCUACCAGGACCUGACAAUUGCGGAAACGUUCAAUUUCUACGGUCGUUUAUUUGGGAUGCACUGGGGUCACAUCGAGGACAGAGGACUCGAUCUGCUCAAAUUUUUGGACCUGCCUGAAAGCGAAAGGUUUAUUGGCCAUUUAAGUGGUGGACAGGUUAGGAGAGUGUCCUUCGCCAUCGCUUUGCUGCACGAUCCUCAGCUUCUGAUCCUCGACGAGCCUACGGCCGGGGUCGACCCUAUCCUCAGUGCCUCGAUAUGGGAGAGGUUACUGAAAAUGGCAGUCAGUCAGAAAAAAACUAUAAUCAUUACUACUCACUACAUAGAAGAAGCUAGACAAGCACACACAAUAGGACUGAUGAGGCACGGGGUGCUGCUAGCGGAGGAAUCGCCUCAGCAGCUGAUGGCUCACCAAAACUGCUCUAACCUUGAGCAAGCUUUCCUCCAGCUGAGUCAGCGGCAGCAUGACCAGAUUCGUGGCUGCGAUGAUCUCCAGGAGCCAGAAGACUAUCCCUCGCCUAGCCAGUGUCCACGGCCACACCUGAAGCCUACCAGUCUGUGGAAUGUUGACAGGUUUCUCGCCCAACUUAUGAAAAACUUCGUGUGGAAUAUGAGAAAUAUUCCGAUGUUACUAUUCGUCCUCAUGUUGCCUGCGUUCCAAGCCAUCCUGUGCAACGUGAUCCUGGGGUCCGAGCCCCACAACAUGGCCUUGGGGGUGCUGUCCGCUGAGCUGCCUCAUGGCCUCUCAGACUGUGAGCAUCUGCCGCCCUAUAACUGCUCUGCCCAGGGCCCGCCACUCUCCUGCAGCUACCUCGAGGUCCUUCGCCAUAAACAGCUGAAACUGAAAGAGUUCAAGGACCUAGACAGCGCGCGGCAGUCGGUGGAGCGCGGCGAGUCCUGGGGCUACCUCUACUUCCCCGAGAACUACACGAGGGCGCUCAUGGAGCGGAUAGAGUCUGGGCAGACCGUGUCAGACCAGGUGCUGGACGAGAGUCUAGUGGAUGUCUGGCUGGACAUGUCUAACCUUUGGGUAAGCUCUAUGAUCAAGAGGGAUAUGAUCCUUGGUGUUGUGGACUAUGUAAAGAACCUCCUGCUGACCUGCAACUUCUCCCCGGAGUUAGCGGACAUACCUCUCAAGUUUGAAGAACCAAUAUACGGGAUGAUGAUACCGAAAUUUAUUCAUUUCUGUACACCAGGCCUCAUCCUAUCAUUUUGUUUCUACUUACCAAUAAUGUUCACGACUGGCGCGAUCAUGAUGGAAAGAGAAGCCGGUCUAUUGGAAAGAAGUCUUAUUGCAGGGAUGACAAUCCUGGAAGUGGUGGUGGCCCACACGGUCCUUCAGCUGCUGUUGGUAACGGCACAGAAUGUGGUCAUCUUCAUCUCCUUCUACGUCCUAUACUACAACCCGUUCUACGGAAGCCUCACCCUCAUCAUGGCUCUGGUCUGGCUUGUGGAGUUCAUGGGCAUUUCUUAUGCGUUUCUCUUAGCUGUAUUCUUUGACUCUGAGAAGCUGGCCACAUACGCAGGGGUCGGCACAAUUGUCCUUAUGUUCAUCAUGUGUGGCAUCGUGUGGCCCUAUCAAGGCAUGCACUGGGCGGUGCGCACCAUGGUGUCCUACACUCCCUUACAGCCAGCAGUGGAGGCGUACCGAGCCAUAGCGGAGCGAGCCUGGGGGCUGGAGAACCCCAUCGUUAGGCACGGAUUCUGUACCACUCUGGCCUGGAUAGCCAUAUUCUCUUCCGCCACAUACUACAUCGCCAAGAAGAAAAAGCUGGGAACGUAACAACAACGUACUAACGUGCAAUGUUGCUCUCUGUAGAUAAUAUCAUUAGAUGUAGAUAAUAGAUCCCCGAGAUUUUCUAUUAUCGACCCAUUGAGGAAGCGAUUCAAAUCUUACUAGAGGAUGAUGCAUGGCGUCAGGUCUUUGCUGUUCAAAGCUUUCAGUUGAUGUAGUAGACAUGUGCUGUUUUGUCUUAAAACAUAUUUUGUUUUACCUUUUUGUAGGAUAAAACAAUACAAAAAGCAAAUAUUUGUUUGUUUUAUUGUUAGUUGAUCGGGUUUGAGAAGGUUGUUGAAUAUAGGACAAGAACAGCUAUGAUAUAAACAUAUUGAUCAUUUGUUAUUGUACUGACUUGUAUAAGCCAUAAUUACAAGCUGAGAGUUGUAUUAUAAAUAUUGAUCUUAUUUUAAUACUAUUUGUUUAAAAGAUUUUAAAUUUAUUUAUGAUGGUUUUAAUUUUUAACUAUCCAUUCAAUAGCAAUGUCAUGAAAAAUAUUUGUAGUUACCUUAAUCUAAAAAAAACGGUUUACAAUUUCUGACAAAUCUAACUGCCGCUGAUAGUUUUCCUAAGGCUUAAAUUAAUAGCUACCUCAAUGGGUUCUCGGUCUUUUCUUAUAGAUCUGUAAAAAUGCCAAAGUCGCCAUCCAUGAACUAUAAAUCAACGGUUUCUUCCAGGCUGUACCGUGAAGUUCCAAGGAUUUGUAAUUAAUACAUAUAUUUAUAAUGAAGGAGUACUUUUGUUCCCAUAAAAGUGUAAAUUAUUUUAUUAUAUAAAGUUUUAUAAGCUGU